UCAUCCCAACUCCCUCACACGCACCACCCUCUCACUCCUUCAGCAACGCAACUCAACCCUUCUCUCUCUCUCUUUCACACACACACAAUGCCUACAACCAGAAGAAAGCUCCUGAACAAAAUUACAGUGGACAUAGGUUGCAGCAGCUGCAGAAAACCAAAACUCUUCCACAUAUUCCAUCCAAAGCCAAAACCCACCACAACCCAAAAACAAAAGUACCACCACCAAAAUAAUUACUCUUCAUCUUCAAGCUCAUGCAACAAAGUCUACAAAGCCAACAACAACCCCACCGCAUUCUAUCCAAACACAGACUAUGCUCCAUUUUUGGACACAGAGGCCAAGCCAAAGAGCACAAGAGCCGUCCAAGGUUUUGGGAGAAUUGGCAACGAGAGUGUGGCCGUGGAGAAAGACUCAGGCGAUCCUUACUUGGAUUUUCGACACUCGAUGCUCCAAAUGAUAUUGGAAAACGAAAUAUACGCAAAAGAUGAUCUCAGGGAGCUUCUCAACUGUUUCUUGCAGCUCAACGCACCUUGCAACCAUGGAAUUAUUAUCAGAGUUUUCACUGAGAUCUGGAAUGCUGUUUUCUCAGUGAGGUCGUCUGGUUCAACAAUGCUGCAUAUUCCUCGCAAGUCACGUGACUACUAGAUAGCUGAUGCACGUGCAAUGGCAUUGGAGUUCCCACUACAAAUAUCAUGUUGAGAUCCCUUAUAUAAAAGACAAUGUGAUUCUCUCAAGCCAUUAAUGUAGGUCUUGUAAGAUUGUGGUGCAUGUAUUGUAAAGAAAGAUUUCCAAGAUUCAGUCGUAUGGAAUAUUUCUUUUUUACUU